AUGAAGCUUUCCGCCGUUCUCUGCAUCCUCGCCGCCAGUAUGGCCGCCGCGGCACCCUUGAACAACGCCGACGCCCAGUACCAGAACCAGCCCCAGAACAAUAACAAUAACAAUAACAACAACAACCAGAACAACCGAAACCAAAACCAAAACCAAAACAACCGCCUUACCGCUGAGGAGCAGAAGUAUCAAGUCAGCGACAAUAACCACAAAAUUGGACGUUCCGAGAUCCUUUACCCGCGGGAAUUUGGCUCUCCUUCCUCAGAGCCCGUCGCGCCUGGGUACUCUGAGUUAGGGUCUCCGAAGGUUUACGUCCCUGAGAACAAUUUCCAUGCGCCAAAGGCUCCCAAGGAGGACUACAAGUCCGAGGCCUAUCAGUCUGAGGAGUACAAGACUGAUGACAUCAAGUCUAAGGGCUACCAGUCUGUGAGCUCGAAGCCUAAGGUCCACCAGUCUGUUGACUUCAAGCCUGAAGUCCCUAAGCCCGAAGCUCCCAAGCCACCUGCACACCCUGUGAAUCACGUCCCGACUAAGCAGCAUGAAUCCUUUUCUUACGAUACUCAUGAGUCCUACGAAAGUCAGACUACGGAGCAGCAGUAA